AUGGCCGAUCGGAUAUGCCAUGGAAGAGGUAUGCUUGGGCUUGUACGAGGUGAGAAGGAGGAGGAAGGAGUAUCUAAUGCAGAAAGAUUUGGUCUUAAUCUAGUAUCUCUUGCAAUUGGUAGAGGUGAUGUGGAGCAUACUCACCUGGUGAAAGGAUUGGAUUAUGCUUUACUUAAUAAAAUUCGGAGUGAAAUCAACAAGAAGCCAGAUUCUGGUGAGGAAAGUGAUGGAAAACAACCUAGGGCAUCCAAGGAAGAUCAACAGUUGUUGUUUUGCACUGCAACUGCAAAGUCUGUUUAUCAAUGGAUAGUGAAGCCCCAAACUGCUAUCAAGUCAAAUGAAAUGUUCCUUCCUGGUAGAAUGACUUUUAUUUUUAACAUGGAAAAUGGGUAUUCUCAUGGCAUUCCAACUAUGGUGCAUAGGAGUAGAGUUGACUGUCCACAACCUAAGGUUUAA